UACAAGAGAAGCCCUAAACCCCCUAAACCCCUCUGCCUCUCUCCCUCUCUCUCUCUCCCUCUGGUGCAGCUCAUUUGGGUCCUUUCGGAUCAAUGGCUUCUGCGGCUAUAAGAAACCCUAAUUCAAAGCGGUUGUUUCGAUUGUCGUCUCAAAUCCACCAUUCUUGUCGAGGAUCGACCCCCACGUCGUGGUCAAUCUCAGAGACACUCUCUGGAAAUGAGAGAGCUUCCGUACUCAUUCCGUGGUGGAGAUCCAUGGCCACUUUCACUAGAACAAAACCUCAUGUCAACGUGGGAACAAUUGGCCACGUUGAUCAUGGCAAAACUACGCUUACUGCUGCAAUUACUAAGGUGCUAGCAGAAGAAGGCAAAGCUAAGGCUGUUGCUUUUGAUGAAAUAGACAAGGCACCUGAAGAGAAAAAGAGAGGAAUUACCAUUGCAACGGCCCAUGUGGAGUAUGAGACUGCUAAGCGGCAUUAUGCUCAUGUAGAUUGCCCAGGACAUGCAGAUUAUGUUAAAAACAUGAUUACUGGAGCUGCCCAAAUGGAUGGGGGUAUUCUGGUUGUCUCUGCUCCUGAUGGGCCCAUGCCCCAGACAAAAGAGCAUAUUCUACUUGCACGACAGGUUGGUGUGCCAUCACUUGUAUGUUUUCUGAAUAAAGUAGAUGCUGUUGAUGAUCCUGAGUUGCUAGAGCUUGUGGAAUUGGAGCUACGGGAGUUGCUUAGCUUCUACAAGUUUCCUGGUAAUGAGAUACCUAUCAUCCAAGGUUCAGCACUGUCUGCCUUACAAGGUACAAAUGAAGAAAUAGGGAAGAAAGCCAUUUUAAAACUCAUGGAAGCUGUAGAUGAAUACAUUCCUGACCCUGUUCGGCAACUUGACAAACCUUUCCUAAUGCCAAUCGAAGACGUUUUCUCAAUUCAGGGACGUGGAACUGUUGCCACUGGUCGUGUUGAACAAGGGACAAUUAAAGUUGGGGAGGAUGUUGAGAUUUUAGGGUUGAUGCAGGGUGCUCCCCUAAAAACUACAGUGACUGGUGUUGAAAUGUUUAAGAAAAUCUUGGAUUUUGGACAAGCUGGUGACAAUGUGGGUCUUCUUUUACGUGGAUUAAAGCGAGAGGAUGUGCAACGUGGACAGGUGAUUGCCAAGCCUGGGUCUGUGAAGACAUACAAGAGGUUUGAGGCAGAGAUAUACGUCCUCACAAAGGAUGAAGGUGGUCGCCAUACAGCUUUUUUCUCAAACUACAGGCCCCAGUUCUACAUGCGGACUGCUGACAUUACUGGUAAAGUGGAGUUGCCAGAAAAUGUUAAGAUGGUUAUGCCUGGGGACAAUGUGACUGCUAUUUUUGAGCUCAUAUCAGCUGUCCCCCUUGAAGCAGGCCAAAGAUUUGCCUUGCGAGAGGGAGGUAGAACGGUUGGUGCUGGCGUUGUCUCAAAAGUAAUUAGCUGAGAUGUACCACAAAUGCUGGAUCUUGCAAAACUGUGUGUAGGGUUCGCUUUUAAGUGUUUAGAAACAAGGAACUAUUCGAUCCGAGGUAAGAUUAAUGUUGACAUUCUUGAAGAAUCACCAGCCAGCCAGCCACGAGGAAAUUUGAGAAUACAGGACGGAGACCCCAUCUUCCGCCCUUUUUUGGUAGUCCAUGACCGGAAAACAUAAUGACAAAUCAUUUUUUCUUUUUUUGGGUUCACUUUAUUUUAUAUAAGCAUUUUCAUGAUGUGUAUUGUCAUUGAUAAUAAUUUUCCUAAGCUGAAUUGAUGCUAGGACUUCUAAUAAACUUAAUUUAUAUUUA